CCAAUCAAUCAAUCACACUUUUAUUUCAAAGUCCGGGUCGCAUUUAUUCAAAGGACAACAUAAAAUAUGUUUUAUUUUAGCGUUAAAACGUUAUUCGUUCGAUGACAUCAGAAGUCACAGGUCGUGUACACGGUCGGAAACACAUACAUAGUGUUAGCGCGAUGUGAACGGGACACACCGGGUCAGCUACUUCCUACGGUUGGGUUUUCUUUUUUUUUUUUUUGAAAGGACCGGUUGGAGCCUCUCUGAGCUCCCGACCAAUCGGAAGUGAGUAUUUUUCGCGCUGGUCCGCAGCAGAGUUUGAGUUUCCCGCAAGCUUUUGAUUCGGCUUGAAUGAAAUCCUCCGCUUUUGCAGGAUGAAUACGGACUUAAUCCCCCUUUAACGACCGAGAGGAGAGCCAACAGCUCAGUGAGCCUGGAGGGGGGGUUAAAUGGGAUGGAAAGCAAAGGUAGCUCCCUGCCUACGAUGCCCGAACCAGCCAACCCGAUCAGCAUGAAGCAGCCACCGGAGUCCCUCAGUGUGCGGAAGGGCGGGGGGGACAUGAGCAGUGACCCUGCGCUACUCAUAAUGGACAAAGCUGCUGCCCAGCUGGCCGCCACGCUGCAAGACGGCGUCCUCCAGAAGAUGGCCGGCCACAGUCAUAACAGCCACGGCCACGAGAGGCUCAAGGACCUCACCUCCCGGGUGCUCAACGGGGACCAAGACGCGCUGCCCACGCUGUGCGGCCCAGAGCCGCCCAUGUUUAAGGGAGCCGAAGCCCCGGCUGCUAACGGCACCCAUCAGCACAACGGCACUCCUCACGCCGACCAUGAACUGAAAGCCACGGUACCGCAGGUGGUCCAGCAGCCCUCGUUUGAGCCACGCUGCGCCAAUGGGACCAGUUUGUCCACAGCCACCGAAGAUGCCGCGUCUGCACCGGAGGAGGAGGAGGAGAGGAAGAAGAGGAGGAAGAGGGCGGCACCUCACAAACCAAAUGUUGGCUCUCCUGCUGUUCCCGUGGAGCCUCUUGACCACUCCAGUGCUGUAGAUGGAACCAGAGCAGCUGACAAGCCCGAUUUCCGCCCACAGUUGAAAGAGGAGGAUCCCCGUCAAGCGUCUCCUCUGCUGAUCAGUUUUUCUGUUGGCGAUCUGGUUUGGACCAAGGUGGCAGGAUACCCCUGGUGGCCCUGCAUGGUGACCACAGACCCCGAAUUUAACAAUCACGUCAAACAGAAACAGAAAGUAAACAGCAGGAUGGGCCCACUUUACCAUGUGCAGUAUUUUGGAGACGCCCCCGAGAGGGGCUACAUCUUUGAGAAGAACAUGGUGACCUUCACCGGGGAGGAUCAGUACCAGGAGCUUCGCCAGGGCAGACAACAGCCGGCCUCUCGCGUCUUCCUCAAACGGACGGCUCCCUCCGUGCCCCGAAAGCUGCAGGCUCAGUGGAACAUGGGCGUCAUCCAGGCCCAGGAGGCCUCCGGCAUGUCCGUGGACGAGCGCUUGGGGAACUUUGCCUUUCUGUACGACGACGACGGGCCUCGCCUGAAUCCCUGCAUCCUGGAGAAGCUCAGGCCCAAAGGGAGCGAGGAGACGGGCCGGGGAACAGAGUCCAGGCUCUGCCCGGACCCGCCCCCACCGCCGGGGGCCGCCGCCGCCGCCGCCUCUCCGUCCCACGACAUCGCUUCAACGGGGAAAAAGACACAAGCACGCAGAACAAAACUCGGCUCGGGAGAAUGUCAAAGAAGAGGCAAAGGCCAUGUAAAUAAUCUCAUGUCCAAUAAACGAGUGAAAGACGCAGUUUCCUCCAAAGAAACGAUUCAUCCACAGGAAGCCUCACAGGAUCCCACCACUUGUGCAGCUGUUCUUCAAGCUGAAGCAGUCGUACCUGAGAAGAAAAAGAGGAGAGCGCGACAGGCGCAGUCUCCCACGAAGACGGUUCGGAGGAGGAAAAACGCCUCUGAACCCGUGAAGAAAAGGAAACCAAAGCUGGCGUCUUUGACGGUCGAUGUAACGGAACCCGUCCCACUUCCACUUUCAGUCAAGAGGCAACGGAAGAAGGCGGCUUCAGGGGACAAAGAUGAGCAGCCUAAAAAGAGGCGUAAAACAAGCAAAGAAGCUGAAAAACAGGACUCGGCUUCAGAGGCAACCGACAAAAAGCAGAGGAGGAAGAAACCGGACGGAGACUCAAAGGAACCCAAGAAGAGAACCGCCAAACCCAAAGCUCUCGUCCCCGAACACCAAGACGCAGAGAAACCAAAGCACAGUGGGAAGAGGGAGCAGGAAGGAGGGAACGAGAGCGCCGCCUCCAAGGCGAAGAGGAGGCGGCUCGCGCCCUGUCCCGAACCCGAGGGUUCUGGCAGCGAAGGACGUCCGGAUUCUCCGAGCGACAGCCUGGACGGGACGAAGAAGGGCGAACGGAAGAAAGAGUUUGUCUGCCAGACGUGCGAGCAGGCCGGGGAGGACCUGGUGGCCUGUGAAGGCCAAUGCUGUGGCAUGUUUCACCUCCAGUGUCUGGGCCUGUCACUCAAACCUGACGACAAGCUGCUGUGUCAGGAGUGCAGCAGCGGAGUUCACUCGUGUUUCACCUGCAAGAAGACGGAGGGCGCCGCGCGCCGCUGCCACGUGCCGCACUGCGGCCGCUUCUACCACGAGGCGUGCGUCCGCCUCAGCCCGCUCACCGUGUUCGACAACAAGGGCUUCCGCUGCCCGCUGCACGCCUGCCUGAGCUGCCACUACGGCUGCCACAGCAAGCAGAGGGCCGCCAAAGGGCGGCUGACGCGCUGCCUGCGCUGCCCCGUGGCGUACCACGCCGGCGACCCGUGCGUGGCGGCGGGCAGCGAGGUGGUCACCAACACCGCCAUCAUCUGCACCAACCACUUCAACGCCAAGAAGGGCUACAGCCACCACAGCCACGUCAACGUCAGCUGGUGCUUCGUCUGCUCCAAAGGGGGGCAGCUGCUGUGCUGCGAGUCUUGUCCUGCAGCCUUUCACCCCGACUGCUUGAACAUCGCCAUGCCCGACGGGAGCUGGUUCUGCAACGACUGCCGGGCCGGAAAGAAACCGAAAUACAGAGACAUCAUCUGGGUCAAGCUUGGAAAAUACAGGUGGUGGCCUGCAGAGAUCCACCACCCCAGAAACAUCCCCACCAACAUCCAGCACCUUCGCCACGAGAUCGGAGAGUUCCCCGUCUUCUUCUUCGGCUCCAAGGACUACUUCUGGACCCACCAGGGCAGAGUGUUCCCCUACAUGGAGGGGGACCGGGGCAGCAAGCACCAGAAGACCGGCAUCGGCAAAGUCUUCAAGAACGCUCUGCUGGAGGCCGAAGCUCGAUUCAAGCAGAUCAAAUUGAAACGAGAGGCCAAGGAAGCUCAAGAGAACAGCCGCAAGCCGCCAGCGUACAAGUUCAUCAAGGUGAACAAACCCUUUGGUAAAGUCCAGGUCUACACCGCCGACGUCUCCGAGAUCCCGAAGUGCAACUGCAAGCCGGCGGACGAGAGGCCCUGCGGCUUCGAGUCCGAGUGUCUGAACCGCAUGCUGCAGUACGAGUGCCACCCCCAGGUGUGUCCCAGCGGGGCGCGCUGCUGCAACCGGGACUUCACCAAGCGCCUCUACCCGGAGACCAAGAUCAUCAAGACGCCGGGCAAAGGCUGGGGCCUGAUCGCCCUGCGGGACAUCAAGAAGGGCGAGUUUGUGAACGAGUACAUCGGGGAGCUGGUCGACGAGGAGGAGUGCCGGGCGAGGAUCAAGUACGCCCACGAGAACAACAUCAGCGACUUCUACAUGCUCACCAUCGACAAGGACCGGAUCAUCGACGCGGGCCCGAAGGGGAACUACUCCCGCUUCAUGAACCACAGCUGUCAGCCCAACUGUGAGACGCAGAAGUGGACGGUGAACGGGGACACGCGGGUCGGGCUGUUUGCCGUCCGCGACAUCCCGGCAGGGACGGAGCUGACCUUUAAUUACAACCUGGACUGCCUCGGCAACGAGAAGACGGUCUGCCGCUGCGGCGCUCCCAACUGCAGCGGCUUCCUGGGCGACCGGCCCAAGAACUCGAACUUGGCCGAGGCCAAAGCCAAGAGGAAGAGGAAGUACCGGAGGAAGAAGUCCGAGGGGCAGAAGAAGUCCGACGACGACUGCUUCCGCUGCGGCGACGGCGGGCAGCUGGUGCUCUGCGGCAAGAAGACGUGCAGCAAAGCGUAUCACCUGUUCUGCCUGAACCUCAACAAGAGGCCCUUUGGGCGCUGGGACUGCCCCUGGCACCACUGUGACGUCUGCGGGAAGAACUCUGAGGCUUUCUGCCAGCUCUGCCCCAACUCCUUCUGCAAGGCUCACCAAGAGGGGGCGCUGCGCUCCUGGCCCCCCACGGGGCAGCUGUGCUGCCUGGAGCACGAGGAGCCGCCGGAGGGGCCCAACGGCCCGGAACAAGGCGCCGUCAGCGCCGCGGCAAAGACCCCCCAGCCCGCUCCGCCCGCCCCCCCCACCGGCAGCCGUCCGGCCAAAAGCUCCAAGAAGCCUGGAGGGGUCGAAGCGAAAACCAAACGCUCCAAAAGGAAAGCGGCAGAGGCCUGAAAGUGGCCUUUGAGCCCCCCCCCCCCCCCCACCACAGAGAGCCAAAGCCAAACUAGACUCUGACACACAAACCAGUAAAACCACCAUCAGGGAAAGUCCUCCUUUGUUUCUCUUUCCUGCAACGAGCUGUUUUUCCACCAAACAAACUGCCUUUUUUCAGUUUUAUUUCAUGAUUCUAGGAACCAAAAGAACUGUUUUUUCUGAGCCCCCCCCCCCCC